AGAAAAUCCCUCAAUUUCAGAUCAUCGGGUUACACCAAAUAACUCAGCAUAACGCGGCAAUACAGCAACGGACAUGGCGAGCAACGUUCGUUCUGGUGACGCCGAUGAACUCGGUUGUCCCGUCGACCACAGCAAGUUCAAGCGUCAGAAUCUCGAUUCUCGCAUUUGCCCGAUCUGCAACGUACGGCUCACGACACUCGAUUUAAAUUGCAGACCUGUCCUGCAUGCCCAAGGUUCUACACCAGAAGUCAUCGAUUUGACGAGCUCGCCCGAACGCCCCCGUGGUGCGUUGUACAGCUGUGUACAACCAUCGCAACUCUUCGUCCCUGGGCGCCGAAACGCGGCGUAUACCAACACGCGUAGCGGAACCCCUAGCCUCAGCUUCGUUGAAGCAGCAGAGGCUAGUAUACGCGAGCGUGACCGUAGUGCUCGUCACCUUCGGAACGCUGAUAGCUCGCCACGACUGUCAAUUGCAAUCACGACGACCCUCUAUAUUGGCCAGUACACUACCACUGAUGUAGAGGACGACAUGGGCUUCCUGAAGUUCUCUGUCAUUGGCAUGAAGGCCAAGUAUCACCCGGUCCCAUUCGUUGCGACCGAAGUCUACGACAGCAUCGAUGCGUUCAGCAAAGCACUCCUCCGCCGCUCGACUGACGACUCCGUAGUCCUGUCCAAGGACUGGCGCCUGAUACACUCUGUUUCGCAAGGUCCCAACCCAAACAUCACGCAACUCUCGCAGCCUCCUCCUGGCCCGCUUACGACACAAGAGAUUGUCGAUUUCGUCUUUGGCCGGCCUAUUGUUGACAAUUGUACUCUUGUUCUCUUCCGAGGGUACGAGUCUGUACAACGGGUACCAAGGGUCGUAAAGGAAAGGUUAAGAAAGAGGAAGUUAGCGCUGAGCAAAACUCGACUUUGCGCUACAAACAGUCAAGAAACGAGAACAUUGUUGGCCGUGCAGAGGUGGGUACUACCAAGGGGGAGAUAAUCGUCAAACAGGAGGCAGCUGUUGAGGAAGAGGGAGACAUCGUACAAGAUGUUGCAGCAUCCUUGUCGCAGGUGAAGGAGGAGACAGGUGCGGAUAUAAAAACUGAACAUGAUGGUACUCGCCAGAGCCAGGAAGGUAAUUCUGGUGUUAAGGUUGAACGUGGCAAUGCUCGCCAACCGAAGGCCCAGACUCAAGUGCCAUUCCAGACCGUUACACGAAACAUGAAGCGAAAACACUCGGCUAGCGAGUAGCAAACUGAACUCUCCUAUGUACAUUAGAAAUCAGUUCCAAUCUCCUCUCUCUCCACCUGAUUCACUCUAUCUAAAUCAAUACGCUGUUCGUCGAAGAAGGAACGAAUGUGAUCAAGACCUCCAACAGGGUGCUCAACGAGAGAGAGCCGUGGUUCCGUCUGUGCCCUGUUAUAGUCUCUGAGCUGAUCCCUGAGCCGAAUAUACUGCUCUAAGUAUGGUUGGUCCUCAGAGACAGUACUAGGCA